UUGUUCUGUAAUCUUCAGAGUAGACGUGCAAAAUGCCGCCGAACGUUGUUGAACCAACUUUCUCUGCCGAGCCCGAAAUUGGUGUUGCAAGUAAAAGUCAGGUUCCAGCAAAGCCUCAAGAGGGAAUCAAUUAUAAUUUGUACAUAUUUAGUACUACGUUAAAUCUCAUAGCUCAUAUAUUGAUCGGUGUUGUCGUGGGUGUUGCGGUGUUGUUUUCAUUGAGGAAUGGUUUGCCUAUGGGAGCGACAUCUAUGCAUGUUAUUCUGUGCGUUAUUGGGCACCAAUUACUUAUGGCGGAAUCUAUACUUAGUCUUUAUUCUGAGAACGGUUGGUCUACAAAAUUGAGACUGGUCGACAAACGUCGUGCUCAUUGGAUUCUACAAAUUCUGGGUUCGGGAAUAGCUCUGGCAGGAAAUUUUAUCAAGAUUAUAGACAAAAAUGUCCACUGGAACACGUACCAUGGACAAUUCGCGUUGGUGGCAAUUGUCUUCACCGUCGCCAGUUUAGUGAAUGGUUUGACGUCAUUAUACGCAUACGAGUGGCGUAGACUAUUCAACGGCACUAUCUCCAAACUGACGCACAUUUGCUUCGGAAUCGUUGCAUUCGCCGCUUCCAGCAUCAGUCUCUGUUAUGGAUUUGAUAAAUUCUUCUUCAGAAUUUGGGCAACACAUCCCUUCACUGAUGCACUGAUUGCCUUCACCGGCAUCUUCACUUUUAUAGUUAUUAUCAACCCUUUUAUUACAUUCUACUCAAAAACAAUGAAUGCUAUAAGAAAAUAAGUUUAAAAAUGAUUAGGCGAAGUUUUAUCAUUGUAUAUUUUAUAUAUUCUUCAGACACUUAAAAUUAUUUUGUUUUAUUGUAUAACAUUCAUUUACAUCACCUGAAAGAACAAUGUUUCUAUCUACAAACAUAAUGGAUCAUUUUCUCGUAGCUUUUGUUUCAUUAUAGCGCCAUCUAGUUAAAAAUUGAGAAACAUUGUUUAUUAAAUUAAAACUACUAUGUAUACGGUUCUUUCUAUAAACAUGUACCAGAAAAAUAAUAGAAUCUCACCAUCAUUCAUUAUUACUUCCAGAAUGACAGUAAAUUCCAAAUUUAGAACCGAACGUGUAAUAUAAAAAUGUUAAUUAAAGAGAGAAAAUUUUCAGCGUAUUCGUAUGUUAUCCGUCAAAAGUAAUCCGUGAUCGAAUAGCAUUUGAUUUUAUAACUCGUGUUUGAUAUCAUUUGAUAAUAUUAAUACCACUUUUUAUCAGCUGUCACCCAAAAAUGUAUUUUGUAUUUAUUUGACGAAUUUGUACAAUAUUUUAGUGUCGAAAAUAACUUCGAGAAUAAACAGCAUUACAAUAUUUAGCGCGAUAAUAUAUGAUGCAUUAAAAUAUCGUGUACUUUAAGUUAAGAAAAAAAUAAGUGAAGUCAUCUUGUACAACUUAUUUAACUUUGAUUGUUAACAGUUCCAAAUAUUUAUUAAGAAAAAAUGUUAUGUUUUGUUUUUAAAGUAUAAGGUGGAAAACGAACAGGCGACAACCUGAAUUCGCAAAAAUGGCAACGAAUUUAUCAUGUUGUAGUUUUUUAAUUUUACUUUGUUACACUGAAUAAACUUUCUUUCUUACUC